AUGAAGAGAAGCCAUCAAGAAGAUGAAUCUGUGAAUGACUACUAUAGUGAUAGUGAUUCUGCGCCUGAGGAAACCACUGCACGAGUAAGUACUGGAAAGCCUAAGAAGACCAACAAGCAUGCACCUAAGGAGACGAGGAAUAUACACAGGCCCGUAAGUGUGGUUCGAGACAUUCCUGGACUGGAAGUGAAGAACAGGGAGAGCGGAUUAUACGGAGAUGUAAGGUUUGAGAAAGCGCUUGGAAAGGAAGUGGACUACGAAGUUGUCAGGAAACAAUAUGCCUUUCUUGACGAGUUACGUGAGAAGGAGAUUGCACAGAUGGAGAGCAUACUUAAAGAUAGAAAGAUGUUAUCGAGAAUGACUGAUGGGGAGAUAGAAGACUUAAAGUAUAGGUUACAGAGCACGAAGUCUAAGUUGGAGACUCUAAGGAGAAAAGACAAGGAGAAGGAAGCAUUAAAGAGAUACAUGAGAGAGCAAAAGAAGGAGAGUGGAGGUAAAUUCUUAACAAGGGCUGAGAAGAGGAAGGUUGUUCUUGUCGACAGGUUUGAGAAUAUGAAUACCAAACAAAAGAAUAAGUCUAUUGAGAGAAAGAGAAAGAGAAAGUUGGGUAAGGAAAUGCGUGCAAUGGAAUUUCGACAAGGCAAUAGGAGUUAA